CAUAACAGAAGUUGUAAAAUAUAUUGUACAUCUGUUAUUGCGAUAAGCUCUCGUUAUAUUGCCACUUUUAUAUGAAUCUUUAUGUACACUAUUAAUAUCUUUGCACCAGUAGAGUGCGUAGAUCUAUAUGAUUAAAGAAGAAAUUCAAUAAUUUUCUGUACCUACAGUUUGUGGUAACAUAACAAGAAGUGGUAUCGAAAUUUUUGCAAAAGAUUUACAAAAAGUUUCUACGAUUUAAAGAUGCUUGCCUGCACAAUAACAAUACUCAUCGCGAGUGAUUCGUGUCGACAGUUUAACGUCCUCCUGCUACUUCAGGGGAGACGAACGAGUCACGCACCCGUGAUGGCGUCCCCAUGAAAAUCUAACAAUGAAAGCGAAACCACCGGCUCCAAUUAUUGUCCAUGGUUUGUCAUGUCGUGACCAUCGGAGUAGGUGCAUGACUAUAUAUGCCACAAAACCACGUUGUCCUCGUUCAGUUUCUUCAAAACCGAUCUACAACACACGCCCACUAAAUCUCCUGUUCAUCCUUCUUCGAGAUGUUUGAUCUUCGAGGGAUCGUCUUGAUCCUCGUUUCGUCGAUAGUCGCCGCUAAGGGUAAUCCAAAGUUCGACGAUGGAGGGUUUGUGCCGAGUUCAAUGGUCUAUUUGGAGAAGAACGCAAAGUCUCGGGAUCAAAUAGCCAUGCCUUCUCAAGUGGAAUUACGAAGCGAAACGUCGACGAAACGGGGUGACACGGAAUCCAACGACAUCGCGGAACGCAGUCAGGAUGCUCGAUUUGGUUUCACAAAUCUUGGUACCACGGGAAGCGGCUACGGAGUAUCGUCUUACGCGCCAACCAAAAUAGAUUUGGGAGGACUAUUGUUGGGCGCCAUCAUUGGGAUAGGUUCCAUCCUCAUUAUUCCUAAAUUGCUGUACGUUUUGUCUGGAACUUAUGGUCAUUAUGCGAGAAGUGAAGAAAGCGGCUUCACUCAAAUCAUGACGAAACUGGACGACGUAUUAGCACGUCACGGGAUCGAUACGACGUCCUGCAUGCAACGAGCAGUGUGCACGUAUUCGCAGCAGGCGGCAGCAUCCAUAAGAGAAGGAAGCAAAUCAAACGACGAGAAGGUGUCAUCUUUUGAUCGCAUGAUUGAAACCAUCACUACGAAUCAGAUCUUCCGGACUGCAAUGGAAGGCACUGCGAUACAGGAAGCUAUAGAAGCGGGGAGAAACGGUCGAACUUGUUCGCGUAUUUAUUCCCAUUGCGGGUUUUCUAUGGAGACUAUGUUAUCUUUGUUAUCAAACGUGAUUGCUACGGUCUCCACGGUUAACGCUGAUGUUACGAGUCCCACUGGAACUGGAACGUUGUAAUUCUUGAGGGUUAGUUGUAGGCGGUUGCUGGGUCAAUCGUGGCCCAGUUAUGGAAUAGAUACAAUGAUACUUUGACUAAAAUUAUUAUCUGAAUAUUGGAAGUAUCUAAUAGUUUCUUAAAAUAUGGAAGAAUGUUAAAGGUUUAGGAAAUGAAAAUUAAAUCCAAAUUCUUAGCUAAUGUAAUAGUUCACUGUAACUAGAGUUAAGUAAUGUGAAAAGAAAAUAUUUUACUUCAUUUUUGUUUAGAAUUGCAAUUAAGAAUGUAGAUACUUGAACGCCAUAGAAACAGGUUGAGAUCACACCAUAAGUUCGUGUCACGUUCUUCAAAAUGUAUUUAUCUAAAAAUAAAUUACCAUAUCUCCAUUUAAAACAUAAAUAGAAAGUUCACAUAUUUUACUGUGAAUAUAAAAAUUGAUACGAACUUAUGGAAUAACAGAAAAGAUUGAAGUAAUCCUAAUUAACUAACCUUGAUUUUCGACAAAGCGAUCUAAUCGUAGAUGAUCAGUUGCAGGCAACUCGAAUUAAAAGCAUACAGUUGUACAAUGAUUCUUGUAUAAUUUAUUUCUGUUUCACAUUUGACAUACGUGCAACCCAAGAAAAGUGAAAUUACCGUCUCGUGAAGUGACGGGGUGUCAUUACUCUGUGCACUUUAGUGUGUAACGAGACAACUUUCAUUCGUUGCGAACACUUGUUUUUUGCACGAUCUCCGUGUAAGGUAAUUGAGCAUAACGAUCUCUGUUAUCUCGUUGUUUGUCGUGUAUAACUUAGGCUUCUUUUAGUCAAGGAAAAGUGUAGGAAGAAAUGUUCUCUCACUUUGUAGGCUCUUAGAAUCUACAAGGGUUCUAAUUAAAAAACGAUGAAACCUUCCUCCCUCUCCUAAACCAAGAAAAGCCUAAAUGCGUUGUACAAUUGAUGCUCGAACAAGGUAGGCACGGUCUACGAUUCUCGAUCUGGAUGCGCUAAUCUUUUACAAAUAUAUAGUUCCCUAUUCUUUUUCUUUAAUCCUUUCACUGCAAAGUACGCAUUAAUCAAGCUUUCAUAUAUCCAUUAGAAGAAUAAUGUCUACAGAAACAGUAUGAAAGAAUUGAAUAAAUUUCUCCUACAAAGUCAAGCUAAUUCAGUUUCGAAUAUUAUAUAAUGCAGUGAAAGGGUUAAA